UCUCGCGAUAGGCGCUCGUUUGUGCAGCCGCCAUAUUCUGUGACAAGUAUUUUGAUUCGUAUCUGUUGGAAGUAAGAAACGAGAAAUUAAGGGGGAGUAGAGGGGGUAAAGAAGAAGAGCUGUCAAAAUAAUUCCCGUGUCUCUGAAACAUCGGGGGCUGUAGUAACCCCCCACUCGGGUCAAAACAAAGGCCUGGGUACCGUAGAAACUCCGUCUACGAAGUCCACCUCGCCGCUUUUCUUUCAGCACCACGGCCCUGUGGGAGAUUCGGUGGUUGAGUUUCGGGUGUUGAAGGUGGCCCGGGGAGCGGCGGCGGAGACGAAGAUGCUCAAGCUGUGGCUGAGGUGCUGCCACCACUGAGGCAUCGUCAGUGUGCUGAACGGAGCAAGCAGAGCAGUCUUGACCUGGCAAUACACGAAUGGCCCAGGGAAGCCACCAGAUUGACAUUCAGGUUUUGCACGACCUGCGCCAGAAGUUCCCUGAAGUUCCAGAGGGUGUUGUUUCCCAGUGUGUUCUGCAUAAUAACAACAAUUUGGAUGCCUGUUGUGAGUACCUGUCUCAAGUAAGCCCAGGCUACUUGUACAGCAAAGGAGGCAAACUCAACUACACUGACGACCCCAGCUUCAUCAGGUUCCGGAAUCCCAUGACCCAGCUGAACCUGGGCCUGCAGUCUCAGUCUCAGAAUGUGCAUGCGACCCCGGGAAGGGACGGCCUGAGGAUGAACGGCAGCAGGACACUGUCCCACAGUCUUAGCCUGAGUGACGGGCCCCUACAGACAGGACAGCCCCCGAAUAGUGACUUCUUCCAGCAGGAGCCCCAGUCAGCCCCGGUGCAGGUGCCCGCCAGCCUCAAUGUGUUUGGCGUGAUGGAGCCCACGCGCAAGACCCAGCCGCCCCAGCACCUGGGACUUUACCAGCUGGGGGGCAAAGGGCAGUCCAUGGGCCAACAUGGCCAGCAGAUGCCCCGCUUCAACCCCAUCACCGUCACUCUGGCCCCCAACAUCCAGACGGGUCGCAACACCCCCACCUCUUUGCACAUACACGGCGGGCCCCAUACACAGUCUGGCUUGAGCAGUCCACAGGGUAACUCUAUCUACAUAAGGCCUUACGUGACCCAGCCCAGCGGUACAACCCGGCAAAGCCAGCAGCAGCUUCAGCAGCAAGCAGGAAGGGCCCAGUACAGCCCCACCUCCCAACCCCAGCAGCAGAUCUACCAGAUCUCCCAUCCCACCUCACUGCCUGGCUCCUGGACAGGCCCUUCCUCCCAGCAGCACCAGCACGGCUCCUCACAUACCUCACAGCACCAGUCACAGGGCCACCAGACCUCCCAUGUCUACAUGCCCAUCAGCUCCCCCACCAACCCACAGGCCCCCUCCUCUAUCCUCCAGGCCCCCUCUGGAGGUCAGGGCUCCUCUUCUGGUGCCUCCUCCUCUGGCAUGCCCUUAGGCAUGUCCUCCUUCAGCCAGUACAACAUCCAGAACAUCUCCACCGGACCGCGCAAGAACCAGAUAGAGAUCAAACUUGAAUCUCCUCAGAGGAGCAACUCCACCACGACCACGGCCGUGCUGCGCACCAGCAGUGGCCCCCGCUCCAACUCCUCCACCUCCUCCUCCUGCCCCUCAUCCUCCUCCUCUGUCGGGGCAGCACCUGGCCCAACCACCACCCCCCUGUCCAUCGGAGGCCCAGGUCUGAGCCGCAGCCAGCCCACUGUUUACAUCUCUGCCAGCCCGCCCACUGUUGCUGCUACCACCCCCUCUGAAGAGGCCAACAUGGCCUCAUCCGGCUCUCGCUCCCAGCCCAAGUUUUACAUUACUGCUAAUAACGAUGACGGUGGGGGCAGAAACCCUCCAACUGUCUACAUCUCUGCUCAACCACCUCCGCACGGGUCCCAGGGGCCCCGCAAUAUGGGGGGCCAGGUGAGCAUGGGCCCCGCCUACAUCCACCACCACCCACCCAAGUCCCGCGCGUCUAUGGGAGGGGCAGGCACAGCCACCUCGCCCCGAGUGGUGGUCACCCAGCCCAACACCAAGUACACUUUCAAAAUCACCGUGUCCCCCAACAAGCCCCCAGCAGUGUCCCCCGGCGUCGUGUCCCCCACCUUUGAGGCUACCAACCUCCUCAGCCUCCCCUCGGACCACCAUUUUGUGGAGCCUGACCCACAUCAUCUCUCAGACCCACUGUCCGUACACAGGGAGAGGCCCAGCGAGCCACGCAGACUCAGCAUGGGCUCAGAUGACGCAGCAUACACACAAGCCCUGUUGGUUCACCAGAAGGCCCGCAUGGACCGGCUGUGGCAUGAGCUGGAGCUGAAGAAGAAGAAGCUGGAGAAGCUAAAAGAGGAAGUCAACGAGAUGGAGAACGAUCUGACCAGGAGACGGCUAGAACGAUCCAACUCCCAGUCCCAAAUCCCCUCGAUUGAGGAAAUGCAGCAGUUGCGAUGCAACAACAGGAUACUGCAGAUCGACAUUGACUGCUUAACUAAAGAAAUCGAUCUCCUUCAAACAAAAGGACCACACUUUAAUCCCAGUGCCAUUCAUAACUUCUAUGACAACAUUGGAUUCCUAGGUCCUGUCCCACCCAAACCCAAAGGUACUUUAUCUGUUGAGCCAGAGGGCCUGGGGAAAGACAGGAGAACAUUUAAUGUCACCUCCACCCUAACCAUGGAACCCUCCUCUGCCCCUCCUCCCCCUGCUGCUCUCCCUCUGGAGUCGAGCAGUAAGAGCGUUAAGACUGUAGCAGACCAGGAGGAAGACGAGGGGACGCAGUGGAGCUGCACGGCCUGCACCUUCCUCAACCACCCCGCCCUCAACCGCUGUGAACAGUGCGAGUUCCCACGGCACUUCUGAGCCACAAAGACGCCAACAACACCAACAACCUGCAUCACUUUUCAAUGCGAAUCAAAGAAACUACAUUAGAAAAGACUGUUUUUUUCCCUUCUUUUUCUAGUGGUAAGAAAAUGAAUGGACAGGGGUUUGUAGUUUUUUCCAUUUUGGGACUGUGUCUUUCCCCCCUCCUCCAAGGUUUGUAGUUUUUUCCAUUUUGGGACUGUUUCUUUCACCCCUCCUCCAAGGUUUGUAGUUUUUUCCAUUUUGGGACUGUUUCUUUCACCCCUCCUCCAAGGUUUGUAGUUUUUUCCAUUUUGGGACUGUUUCUUUCCCCCCUCCUCCAAGGUUUGUAGAAUGCUAUCCACUGAAGGCUUGACUGGAUAGUGUUUACAGGUUGUGUUACUUUACUAAGCCAGCAGAGUUGGAUGAUACCUCACCUUGGAGUCUCUGCAUGCGUGGGGUCACCCCCCUCUCCCUCCUCCUGCUCAACGCUCGGCAGGUGACUUUACCCCUGGGGGUGCCUCGCCUUUUCCAUAUACAGUAUUAACAAGUUGUCCUGCAGUGUGUUGGCACACACAAACACGUAAGCCAAUAUGGGUGCCAACGUGCAUUUGCUGAUUUUUUUCUUCUGUGAUGGCCUAAUCAGGAAUGGGAACUUUGGUCAGCCGUCACCUCACACCUGAAGGGAAAACUAACAGACUACUUGUUGACAAUUUGUUUGGUUGCUGUUUCUAGAGGAUGACAGGGGGAAACUUACUGCCACCAAAACGUUUCUCUCGUCUUCUGUAAUGUCCCUUAUCAAUCUGCGUCUCUUCAAUCUAGAGUAAAAAGAACGGAAACUCAAUUGCAUGCUUUAUGUGUACAGUACAUGGAGGGAGGAAAUACCCUUAUGCUUUUUACUGUACAUCAUUUUUGAAUGUGCCUUAAAUGCCUUCUUCCUCACUAUGAAUCACUUGUAUUUCCUGUAAGUAUAGCUUUAUAGACUUUAUUUACUUUGUUUUGUCUUGUUUUGUUUCCAUUUUCUUUCAAACCAAUAAGUACGGUGUCCCUUUUAAGCUUUUUACUUGAUUUCUGUGAGAAUUGAAGCAUUGUGGAAAAAAGAGGCGCAGUUGAAUGAAAACUAUGCAGUCAUGAAGCUUCUUCCGCUCAGUCUGUCGUUCAUCGCUUGUGUAUAUGCUGAAUUUCCUGUGUACGAUCUGCAGAUGCAGCAAAGUCAAAAGAAAGAUGGAGGAGUUUUUUUUAGGAUGCAAGAGCUCUUGGACAGGUGAAAAAAGCUCA